GCGUGCAAAAUGUGCGCGAUUUAGUAUAACAAGAUAUAAAACGUAUUGUCUACCGAUCUGCCACGGUUAUUACGGUGUACGGCUCACACGAGAAAUGAGAAAAUUAGCAAUAUAUUGGACAUUGGUGUUGGGCUUAUGCCUAACGGUGGCCGAUCCGAGUCCCGAUUUUGGCAUUCCCACGUGGAUCAGAUUUGUGUCCUAUUCGAGCCCGAACAUAGCUUCGUCGGCGGGGGGUGGUGCCACGGGAAAAUACAACAUUGACGUGGCUCUCGGGAGUUUCACCCCAUCGGCCUACAACGGGACGACCAACCUGACGGAUGCCGGAACGGCACUGCUGCAGUUCACCAAGAAUGUGACCGGUACGGUCAACGGGUUGCUGGCGCAGAUUGCAACCUAUGCUGCCGAUUGGUAUACUCCGCCGUCUUGCAUCUUUUCGAAUUUGAACAGCUCGUUGGACGCGGCGUUCGAUUUCUUGAAUCAAAGCUCGGCGCUGAUCAGCCGGAUUAACGCUACCGCUGGCAAUACGACGGCCAACACGCUGACUGCUAUCAUUACCGUUAUGGGCAGCACGUUGCAGACUAUUCAAACCAAUUUGGACAAAAUUUCAACCGGGGUUUUCAACAUCAAGGCGUCCGGUAGUCUGUCAGCGUCUUACAUUUCGUCUCAGAUUCCGACCUCAGCGGCGGUUGAGCUAAGCUUGGCCCUGCAGCAACUGGCGACGACCAGCAAUGCGUUCGGAUCCUUGUUGACCGGUGUACGGGCAGGCUUUCAACGGUCCGGGGCGGCUCUGAAGCAAUUCUACACUGAAAUAGCGGCCACCAAAACUGCAAUCAAUACAACGCAGUCGUCGUUCAGCGAUACGCUCAAAACAGUCACCAAACAAAUUAACAACCGUAUCAGUACGGGAUUGACCACCAUCAACACGGCCCUAACCGGAACUUUGUCCGCAAUCGGUGCCCUCCUGAUUGAUCCCAUCAUUAGUGAGAACGCCACGCAGGCUGCCAUGUCGAUCAUUUCGUUCGUGGACGACGUCGCUGGCAAAUCGAAAGAUGCCCAGCAGAACGUUACCGACAUUCUGAACUCCCUCUUCACCGGUGCCGAAAACGUCACCCAGAACGCAACCGCCCAGAUCUCGCAAACCAUCGAGAACGCCGUCCUCAACUUUUCGACCUCGGUCGUCGCCAGCUCGGCCAACGCGGCCACUUGCAACACCCUGUACGGGCCAGCACUGUUCGAAAUGGACGCCAAAACGACGACCAUCAUCCAGGCUUGCAUGACCCGCGAGACGGCACCCGCGUACCAGCUCAUCACGAUCCUCGGCGACUACAUGUCCAUGCUGGAGGCCCAGUUCACUGCGUACGCGGCACGUGUCGCCCAGUGCACCAGCUACGGAUCGGCUUCGUCACCGAAAAGCACCAAGGCCGCCAUGAACGCAUGCUUCGGAAAUUUUGUCAACACAAAGAACCAAACAAUCGCGGAUCAAACGGCCCAGGUGCUGGCGGUCAACCUGAUUAUGGAGUUCGAGACCGUAUCGCAGAUUCAUCGCAUCGAGAACUGCGUCAACGGAGGGCUCAACGAGACGAUCGUGCAGGCCCAGGCGCUGACCAACUCGAUCACCACUUGUUUGACCACGGGAAGCAAGUGAGAAAUGUUAUCAAUACUUAGCGGAGCAAUAAAGUGUCGAUUAAU